CACGGUCGCGAAGAGGAGGAGGAGGAGGAGGAUGUGGCGCGCGGAGGGGAAAUGGCUGCCGAAAACAAGCCGGAAGGACUGAAGAAAAUUCGUAAUCCGGAUCGAAUGUACAGAUCAGCUGUGUGUUAUUCCGGCCAUGCUCCUCCUAAGGGUGUCAGUGAUGACACAGAGAUGAACAAUGAACAUGGACAUUUGAAAAUAUACCUGCCCAAAAAGCUGCUUGAAUGUCUACCAAAAUGCUCUUCGUUGCCAAAAGAGAGACACAGGUGGAACACCAAUGAGGAAAUUGCAGCUUACUUGAUAACGUUCGAAAAGCAUGAAGAAUGGUUAACGACAUCCCCUAAAACAAGGCCACAGAAUGGGUCGAUGAUACUGUACAACAGGAAAAAGGUGAAGUACAGAAAGGACGGCUACUGCUGGAAGAAAAGGAAAGAUGGCAAGACCACGAGGGAGGAUCACAUGAAGCUGAAAGUGCAGGGCGUUGAGUGUCUCUAUGGCUGUUAUGUCCACUCCUCCAUCAUCCCCACCUUCCACCGCAGGUGCUACUGGCUGCUGCAGAACCCAGACAUAGUCUUGGUACACUACCUGAAUGUUCCGGCCAUAGAGGACUGUGGGAAACCAUGUGGGCCCAUCCUGUGCUCCAUCAACACAGACAAGAAGGAGUGGGCAAAGUGGACCAAGGAGGAGCUCAUUGGGCAGCUCAAGCCAAUGUUUCAUGGCAUCAAGUGGACUUGCAGCAAUGGGAACAGCAGCUCUGGUUUCUCAGUGGAGCAGCUGGUGCAGCAGAUUCUGGACAGCCACCAGACCAAGCCCCCUCCUAGGACUCACAACUGCCUCUGCACAGGCACGCUGGGUGCAGGCAGCAGUGUGCAUCACAAGUGUAACAGCGCCAAACACCGCAUCAUCUCUCCUAAAGUGGACCCACGCUCGGGUGGCUAUGGCAGCGGCCACUCAGAGCUGCAGAACAGUGACGUGUCCGAGGGUAAAACAGAGCACAGCCACGGCAGCAGCAAAGCCGGCACAGGGGCCGCAGGAGGAGGAGGAACAGCACGGGAAAAACGCAACGGUAAAGUGCACAAGCCAGUCCUGCUGCACCAAAACAGCACGGAAGUGUCCUCCACCAACCAAGUGGAAGUGCCAGAUACCACCCAGAACUCCCCAGUGUCCAUCAGCAGUGGCCUCAACUCUGACCCGGACAUGGCUGACAGCCCUGUGGUCACAGGCAUGGGUCAUGUGGCCUCGGUCAUGAGUGGCCUGUCCCAGAGUGUCUUCAUGUCGGAGGUGACGGGAGACCCAGUCUACAGCAUGUCCCCCACUGGAGGCCCCAAUGCCCACAUCAUGGGUCCAGAUGCUACAUCCCAUGGGCUGGUCCUUGCAGUCACUUCUGAAAGCCACAAGUUUGCCUUCCCUGGGAGUGGUGGUACAGACACAGGUGGGCCAGGAACCACAGAUGGGCUUUCCAUGCUAUCUGCAGCCGGGGUCUCUGAAGAACUCGUUCUGUCCAGCAGUUUGGACUCAGGCAGCAUCAAGCUACCAGAGACCACCAUGAAUUUUGACCCAGACUGCUUCCUGAACAACCCCAAACAGGGCCAGACAUAUGGAGGCAAUGGGCUGAAGCAGGAGAACGGCUCCUCUGCUGUGGCCAGCACCAACGGCCUGCAACACUCUCCUCCCAUGUCAGACUCCAACUUCGGCUUCAGCGCCACUCUGAUCAAGAACAUCAAGACUGAGGACACCUCAUUUGAGCAGCAGCUAGCCAAAGAGAGUGGUUACCAGGUUGGAGCAGUAGUGAGCUGCAGCGUGUCCAGUGGCUCUGGCACUCAGAACUCUCUCACUCUGACCCCUGCUAACUCUCUGCUGCCCUCUGGUGGUGGUCUGAGUCCUAGUACUACACUGGAGCAGAUGGAUUUCAGCGCCAUCGACUCCAAGCCGGACUUCUCUUCUAAUACAUCAGUAGGUUAUGAACAGGCAAUGAACAACGCUCACCUGGCCCACCAGAGCCACUCUCCCAGCUUCUUCUUACAGGAGGCACCGCAAUCAGCCCAGAACCAGCAGGGCAGGCCGAACUCGGGUCAGAAGAGCCACUUGCUGGAGCACAAUUCCCAUGACAGGGCUUUCAUGGGCAUGCAGGUGGUCAAGACUGAUUCGCCUGGCAGCAAUGGCCACCUCCACCACCAUCAUGGCCACCAGAAUCAGCACAGGCCCAACUGCAAUGGAAGCUCACCUGUUGAACAGAGCUCAGGGCAGAACGGCUCUCUCCAGCUGCUGCAGUAUCCAGGAGGUUUCCCUAGCCUUGGACCAGAGCAUGAAGAUGUGGUGAGCCACGAUCAGUCUGGCAAUGCUGGCCCUGUCCAGGCUGGUGGUGCUGAAACCAGGGCAGAUGGCUUGCUUAAAGCUGGCGAUCACUUGCAAGUCUGUGCAAGGAGCAAUGCAGAGGGGGGAUCGGAGCAUUACCUGCAGCCAAACUCUGAGAAUGGUACAGCAGGGGAUGAGUCAGUGGCCCUCAGCAAUGGAAAUUCUGGCGAAAGCACUAACAGCAGUGGUCAGCAGCAGCUGCAGCCUCUACUUCAGGGGGCUGGGCUGGUCCAAGGUCUCUACAAUACGGUGGGGAGUCACCAGGCUAGUAGUGGUGGAGGGUCAGGCAUGGAGAUCAGCCUGGACCACUUUGACAUCUCUUUCGGCAACCAAUUCUCCGACCUCAUCAAUGACUUCAUCUCUGUGGAUGGUGGAGCCACGGCUGUAGGGCCUGGUGGGACACUCUAUACUCAUCAACUGGUCGCCCCACCUGGGUCAGAUGGGCAGCAGGCCCCUGGGAGUAGCCAGCAGCAGGGACAGGAGGAUGGGGCAAACAGAGCAGCAGGAUACAGCUCGUCUGAGCUGUGUCUACAGCCCUGCUGCAGCCCUCAGUCUCUUGGUGGAGCAGCAGCUGGCACAGGAGGGUCAGGAGAGGCAGGGUCACUGUCCUACAUGCACGUAGCUGAGGUGGUGUCAGCUGCUGUCGCUCAAGGCACUCUGGGCAUGCUUCAGGCCACAGGGAGACUCUUCAUGGUGACUGACUAUUCCCCAGAGUGGUCCUACCCAGAGGGUGGGGUGAAGGUGCUGAUCACUGGCCCAUGGCAGGAGGCAAGCAGUCACUACAGCUGCCUGUUUGAUCAGAUUUCUGUCCCAGCCUCCCUCAUCCAGCCUGGCGUACUGCGCUGCUACUGCCCUGCCCAUGACACAGGGCUGGUGACUCUGCAGGUUGCAGUCAGUAAUCAGAUCAUCUCUAACUCUGUGGUGUUUGAGUACAAGGCCCGCGCGCUGCCCUCACUGCCCUCAUCCCAGCACGACUGGCUCUCUCUGGACGAUAACCAGUUCAGAAUGUCCAUCCUGGAGCGGCUGGAGCAGAUGGAGCGCAGGAUGGCUGAGAUGGCUGGCCAGCAGCAGCAGAGCAACGGAGCAGCUGGAGGCACUGGAGCAGGACCCGGGGGAGGGGGUGCAGGAGCAGGGGGAGGCGGCAAUGGCGGGAACGGCAGUAACAGCCAGUCUCAGUGUGUGUCGGCGCAGGGCCAGGCGGGCAGCUCCUUCGAGAGCCGUGUAGUGGUGGUGUGUGAGAAGAUGAUGAACCGCGCCUGCUGGGCCAAAUCAAAACAUCUGAUCCACUCCAAGACCUUCCGGGGAAUGACCCUACUGCACCUCGCCGCAGGACAGGGCUACGCCACACUCAUCAAGACACUCAUCAAGUGGCGCACUAAGCACGCUGACAGCAUUGACCUAGAGCUUGAGGUGGACCCCCUUAAUGUAGACCACUUCUCUUGUACACCUUUGAUGUGGGCCUGUGCUCUGGGUCACCUUGAAGCAGCUGUGGUCCUGUAUAAAUGGGAUCGGAGAGCAUUGGCCAUCCCGGACUCCCUGGGGCGCCUGCCCCUGUCUAUCGCUCGCUCCCGUGGCCACACUAAACUGGCUGAGUGUCUGGAGCAGCUCCAGAGAGAGGAGCAGCAACAGCCGCCGUCCUCCCGCAUGGCCUUCUCCCCCAACUCCGAUGCGCCCUCAUCCGACAGCUGGAUGGUCACGUGGGCUAGCGACAGCGUGGUAAACCCCAGUGGACAGAAGAGCGGAGGAGUCACCACCACUAGCACUAACCCCAGCAAUCUCACCCCUGACUUGAGACGGCCCCGGUCAGAGCCGUCCAGCUACUACAUUAGUGAGUGUCAGAGAGAUCUCCCUGCGGCUAAAAAACACAAGCCUAACCCAGAGGUGGCUCAGACUAGGCCAGAUAAAGCCGUCUCAGUACCCCUGAGCUUGGAGCAUCAGCAGCUAUCCAGGCUCUCGGCCAGCACCGGCACCCACCCUGCUGACCCGACCAGCCCUGAGCGUAGUGUGGCCGCUGAGGGCACAGAGACCAGCGGUGUCUCACAAGCCAAGCUGGGCUCAUUCCGUGCAGGAGGCCAUAAGUGGGGCUCAAGAGAGGUGUACAGGAAGGUACCAGGGGGAAUUGGAGGAAGCAGUAUAGGGAAGGAGAAGCUGGCCAGCCGGCUGCGUCAGCGGGCAGAGCCCCUCAGUAUGCUGACCAUGGCAGAUAGAGAGAUGGUGGACACUGAGCUGCUUUCCUACAAGGAGGAUUUGGAGAACCAAGACUGCCUUUCACACAUGGAAGACCUGCAGGCAAACAUGAUGAGCUUGGCUGAGCACAUCAUCGAGGCCACUCCGGAGCACAUAAAAAGGGAGAACUUUGCAGAGGUGGAGUCCGUGCCUCUGGACAGCAGCGGCCUGAGCAGCACCAUGAGCUGGCUAGCCACUUAUCUGGGAGACGUGGAGCAGCUGCCCAGCAUCAUCCAUCUGAGGUCCCUGUACAGUGAACCCCUGACCCCCAAGCCUAGCAUGAGCCCAGGGGGCUCCCCCCUGCAUGACGGUCCUUUUGAGAAGGCCACCCUGCCUUCCCCAGCUGACUGGAGUGAGUUCCUGAGCGCAUCCAACAGCAAGGUGGAGCGAGAGCUGUCCCAGCUGACCCUCUCUGAUCCGGAGCAAAGGGAACUGUAUGAGGCUGCUCGGUUGGUGCAGACCGCCUUCCGCAAGUACAAGGGGCGCCCACUGCGCGAGCAACAGGAAGUAGCGGCUGCUGUCAUUCAGCGCUGUUACAGGAAAUACAAACAGCUAACAUGGAUAGCCUUGAAGUAUGCACUUUAUAAGAAGAUGACGCAGGCCGCCAUCCUUAUCCAGAGUAAGUUCCGGAGUUAUCACGAGCAGAAGAAGUUCCAGCAGAGUCGGCGGGCGGCCGUGCUGAUCCAGCAAUACUACCGCAGCUACAGAGAGUUCCGGCGGCUCCGGCCCCACAGACGCAGCCCCGCCUCCGCACUGGUUCAGCACAAACUCAGAAGUAGUUUGCUCACUAAGAGACAGGAUCAGGCCGCCCGCAAGAUCAUGCGGUUCCUCCGCCGCUGUCGCCACAGCCCCUUGAUGGACCAUAGACUGUUCAAGCGGGUGAGUGCAGCCUCAGCAACCCAAUCUGUUUCUCUCUCUUUGAGCGAAUUGAGAAAGGCCAAGGAACAUGAGAGUAUCCAGAAGAGCCCCCUCACAAUGUGACAUCACUUUCCAGACUUUUUUCGUGUUUUUCUGUUUCAACCAGACGUUUUACAAGAGGAAAAAGAAAAAAAGUUAAAAAAACAAAAAAGAAAAAUUCAGCGGGAAGACUGCAACUCUUAACUAUACAGUACUACUGACUCCUGCUACUAUACGACAGCGUUUGUUUUUCAUAUCUCUUUCUUCCUUCUGUCUUUCUUUUAUGAGGGAAAGAGCCAACUUACUGGAGGAAGAACAUUUGCUUCAUGGCAUUUUUUGCACUUUUUCAUGGAUUGGUUUUGGUCUUUUUUUGGAGCGCAUCAAAACGUUUUGCUGGGAAUGGGACUGAAACGGCCUUGAGGAAUCACGGGAAGAGGAUGAGGAAUGCUGGAAAAGACAGUGGAAAAAAUAUGGAAUCAAUGCAGAAACCUGGCAGGACCUGGCCCGAAUUGUAUUUCAUUGUAAAAAUUUGGUGAGCAACUUUUUACCAAACAAUGUUGGUAAUCCAUUUGUUCCACAAUUUGCACAUUUUUCAGUUCAGAAAAACAGAUCUCCCCUAAUUCUGUUCCACACAGCUGAAUCCCUCCAUAUUGGGACAAACUCUGAAUGUAGGAGAUGUGAGAGCACACAUGGGUCACAUUUUUGAUUUAGACAUAUAGCUCAAGUUUUAAAAAAUGAAUUCAUGUAAUCUAUCCUUUAUUUAAAUAGUGAUCUGUGUUUGAAUGGGUUCAUUGCUGAGUGUCAAACUAGACUGUACCCUGUCCAAGAAGGCAAAUUUUAAUGUGCAAGAUCGGUGUGAGUAUGAAAACCGAUAUGCCUGUAGGCAAAACAUUAAGCCUGUGUCCUUCGAUUUGGUUUUCAUCUCCAUGAAUGUAGUGGAGACACUAAUUGCUAUUGGCUGAGUCGCUAUGGGUUUUCAGUCGCCUUGUGUAAAAAAAAAAAGAAAAAAAGUUGCCUCAUUUUGGUUCUUUGUUUGUUGUUGUCAUCGAUGAUGCUCUUGUUCUGUUAAAACAAACUUCUUAGGCUCUUUAGUCCUUCGAAGGGAAGAUCACAUGCAUUGCCUUGAUAUCUUAGAGAUUCUCUGAAGGGUCCCUAAGCUAGCCCUGUAGCAGGGGUUAGACAAAUCCAUAUUUUUGACAAUUGAGUGGUUUCUGUACAUAAAGAGGGUCGCUGGUACGGUACGUGAAGCAAAACAUUUAUCUGAACGGGAUUGUAUUUUAGAAAUAUAUUAUUUUAUUCAUUCUAAAGGGGUCAAAACAGGUCAGAGUUGAAAUCUGAAUAUUUGUAUAGUUUUGUUUGAAUGCCUAAUAAGUAUGGUUGUAUUGUUUUGUAUAUAUUGUAAAUACCUGGGAUAAAGAUGAGCUAUGUGCAUGAAAAAUCAAAGAUACGGAAAAAAAAAAACAAUUUAAAAAAACAGCAUUAGUGGCUAUGCUCUGUAAAACUAUUUCACUAUAAGAGUAUUUUAUUUUACUUUGAAUGUUCUUGAGAAGAACAUGUUGCUGAAGCAUGACCUUACUGCAGAUAUGAAAAAUACCGUACUUAUGAGGUAGAAGAAAACAGCAUUAUCAUUAGACGAAAAGGUUAUGUUUACAUCUGUUUGUUUUAUCGGGCUACCAAGAGUCUUUUUUGCCAUUGGUGCCAAGUAAUGUGAAUGCUACUGCUUAACGAGAAAAUUACAUUCAUCUUUGCUGAACAGAUCAUACACUACAAUAGAAUUGACAUUAACUCUCAUCGUAUCAUAUCUCAUCACCACUGACCAGUGAACACGGAAAGUGCCGCAGAGGGUGGAGUAUUCGAUAAGUAGCCUUUUAGUCUCCCACAUAGCCCUUUUUAGCACAUCUCAUGUUGUUGGGUUUUUUUUAUUUACUUGUCUAACUGACCAUAUUAGGUAGAAAGGAACCGUUACUUCUCCAGUAAAAACACUAAAACUAUAAUGCUGCUGUCUGGUUAAGAUCUAGUCUAUGCUCCCUCUUUAAAUCUCAAAUGCAACACUGAAAGAUGCUUUCGGAGCAUGUAGGACACGUUGGUGCUAAAAAACGAUGGAUCCUGAAAGAUACCCAAAGGUUAAAAGGUUUGGCCAAUGCUGAGCUUUGGCUUUGAACCAGAGGUUUGCACAUUUAGGCACGUAAGUAGCUUUCAUCACAUGUUCCAGCAGCUUUUGAGGAGGCGUAUCUAACUAGAGCUUAGGAGUCUGACCAGAAACAAAACGUUUCCAGUGAAGUAUUUAGUAUAAACAAAAUUAGUUCUUAUGUCUUUUUUAAAGAAGGGACUUGUCCAUUGCAUUUUUGUACUUACUUCAUUUCAGUUUCCCUUUAAAGUGGUGUUAAAAUGUUUGUUUUCUACAACAUUAUGUAACAUUUGGUAUUGGUUUUAACCAUUUUGUUGAAGAUUUAUAUAUACAUUGUGUUUUCGGAGUGUUUAUGUGGGAAGUGCCUAAUUAUAUUUUAACUCCAGCAAAUUUAAGUCAGCAUGCAAUGUAAAAAAAAAAUUGGACAAAUUGAUGUUAGCAAGUUUAAGAAUGGCGACUUGGGUAAUGUAACUCCAUUCUCCACCAUAUUGAGGUUCUUAUGUGUUACCAUGUGUUUUUUUCCCCCCUUUUUUAACCCUAUUUUCUCUCCGUUUCUGCUACACCACAUAUACGAACGCUGUUUGCUUAUCUAAAGCCUAUUGGAACUGCCAGUCAAAUCCCACAAGGGCUUCACCUACAGUCCUGUGGUUAUUGCCUUGCAUUCAUUCAUUCCAGAAGCAGUUUAGGUUGUCAGCUAUCGCACUGCUAUGGCAACUCAAGAAGGUCUUAUUAUGCUUGCAUGGGAAACAUAGAUAACCGGGUGAAUAAACAGCGCCCAAAGCAUGCUUAUUUUUGUAGAUUCGGUAGUCAGGUAGACUUGUUGAAGAAAUAAUGUUCUGUAAAGCAACGUCGGUUUGGUAGCUCAAAGAACCUUGAAGAAUGUAGGCGCCUCAGAAUGGAUGGCAGGUGAGCGGCCUACAGUGAAGUCGACCGAUGGGCACCUAUCAGUAUUUACAUUUCCUGGGGGUGGCACAGAUGUUUCUCAAACGAGGUUCAGUUUCUAGUUGAGUUCCACAUUAGAAUCCAGUUCCGUUUCACUCCAGCGUCACAUUAUUUAGCUUUCGGGUCACAUCAGCUGGUCAAAACUCUCUUCACAUCUAUCUUUCACAUCCUCCUGCACAAGACAGUGCAGUGUCCAUAGCUAAACUUGUCAGCGUGCCCAUCGCACUUACGGGCAGUCAAUAACCGCAACCUCUUGAGUGAAUCUCCUAGCGUAGUGAAGAGUUAGCCUCACUUUUGUAUUUUUACUCAGGGUGCCAAAACUGGGGAGGGGGAAGUGGAGCAGGUCACUGGAGAAUCAGCUGCUGCUUACUGGGAAAAAAGAGCCAGAGCCAGUCUUGAUCAAAUUACUGUGAUUUUCUUUUCGUGCUGUUCAUUUUUAUCACGUGGGCUAAUUUUGUUGUACCAUAAUGAUGAAAUGACCACUGUCCCUGAAAGGAAGCCCGUCAAAAGUGGCGAUUCUGUUUCUAGCCUACAGUAGAGAGAUCGGCAUCUCUGGUAGCAGAAAGCUAAAUAGUGCUAGGUGAGCUACAGUCCUGUAUAUGCUAACAUUUCAGACCGAAACACUGCCAUUAAUAGACAUAGUGUAUGAAUAAAAGUACAACGUAAAUUACAGCAUUGACUUGAUUUCUAAGAUAGAGUUCCCUUUUUGUGUCUUUUUAAGUUACCCUUUAGAAACAGGGUGCUUGAGAAAUAUUAGCAUGACCGUGGACACAGUUAGCAGCUACCGUCUUGUUUCUUCUGAGCACCUGAAAUGCCAAAUGACCUCCCUCAGAAUAUGGUCUUUAGUCAUGACAGACCUCAAGUUCAGCCCACAGACGUAUCUAGGCUGAGAUUAGUUUUUGUUUCUGUCAUGUUUUCGUCAUUACUGAGACUACCUUUCCUCCUCUUCUGUUAGCUGCACCCAUAUUCAAGAAGGCGCGUCAAGAUAACCGAGCAGAAAUCCGUCCCGCAAAGUUCUUCAUUUGUGGACACAGAGCAAUAAACUUGUCUUAUGAAGUCAAGACCUGCAGACCCAACAGAGACAAAAAUAAAAGAAAGAAAAACAAUUGGACACAUGCAGUUGACUUACAACUUAUGCAAAACACCAGUAGGCUAUUGCGAGAUUAGCAUUCAGUAGGCCUAGUUUAUGGACAGCAGUUUAUAGGACACCCUUUACAGAUCUGCACGUUUUCAUCACUUCCAGAACCCAGAAAAAUAGCGGCCUCGCUUUUAUUCCAGGCUACUGGGGCCCUUGACACUUUGCAUGUAUAACUAGUGUUUAGAUCUCUUUUUCUCUCCUCUCUAGCCGUCUUUCUCUCUGUCUUUCCCUGUUAUGUAGCCCUUUUCCUCUUUUCCUUCCCGUCCCCCAAUUUGCUCAGCUGUUUUUUAUUUAUUUUAUUUUUUUAUUUGUGUAAUACAACUGUUUUUGUUUCUUUCUUCCCCCCUUCCCUAGUUUGUAAGUUUUAUUUUUGUAAUUGUGCAUGUAAAACCGUCACUGAAUCGAUGGAUAUGUUAAAAAAAAAAAAGAGAACUCAGCUGCUGAAGCCAUGCAAAAUGUUUUGAAUUGCCCUUAAAAUAUGAAAGAUGUUUUCUGAAUGCUUUAUAUUCUUUCUGCUGUAAAAUAAUAAAAAGGGGGAAAAAU